ACUUCACGCAGACCCAGGUGUUCCAGUUUCAGUUUCAUUUUCGGUUCAAGUGUUUCUCCUAAUCCUAAUCCUCAGCCAAAUCCAAAUCCAAACCCGAAUCCGAAUCGAUCUCCAUCAUGUUGACUGCCUGCCAAGUCGCGUUCUUCGCUGGAUGCCUCGCUCUGGCAUUGAGCUGUGUCCAGGCUCAGUUCUUCUACCAUCAGGCAUUGGGUAGUCUGCCUUCGACACACUCGUAUGAGCCGGCCAAUCCAUACCAGGGAUAUGCCACUGCCGAUGCUCAUCCCUCGGUGGUGCGCAACGCCCAAUGGGAGUCGGAGCUUCCUGCCGAGCUGUCGAAGAGUGCACGAUUCUUCAAUGAUCCGGUCAUAGCCGCCAAUCUGGCCAAGGCGUCGCUCCUCACCACAAAGGAAAUGGCCGUAGUGCAUCGCGAGGCGGAGAAAAUUCCAAGGGACCAGGUCUAUAAACUAUUCAAGAAUGCCGGCUGGCUGAGUCGCAGAUAGAAAUGCACUCACAGAUGUAGGAAUCUACUGAGAAGAAUGGAGUUCCGUUUCCCACGUGCCUUGUUGUAUUUUAGUUUGUAAAUUGUUAAUAUAUUGUACAUACAUACAUACAUAAAGAUAAAA